AUGUCCAGCCCUCCGACAGAGAGCCAGGCCACCGUCUCGCAAGAGCAACAACAUGCGCAGCAGCAGGCCGAACCGCCACACCAAGCCCCUUCACCCGCCCCUCCAGCCGUCGAACUGACCAAAAAGGAGAGCGAGCUGCCUGCUCCAACUGAGACCGCCCACGACGACGCCACCGCCGCUGAUGCUGCUGCUGCAGAUGUUGCCGCCCCCGCUCCGACGCCGGAAGAAGCCGCAGCCGCAGCUGCAGCUGCCGGCAAGGCUGGCAGCAGUGCCAAGCGAGGAGGCGCAGCGCCUAGAGGAGGCGGCAGGGGCGGCGGGCCCAACCAGUACCUCAACCCCGCCCGCCACCUCACGGGCGGGCCGGCGCGCGAGAAGCUCUCGCAGCAAGAGCUCGACGCAAAGAUGCAAAAGGCGCGCCUCCAGAACGAGGCCAUCCUCAAGCGACGCGAGCUCGUCGAAAAGGACAAGGACCAGUACUCGGCCCUCACCGAAAAGGAGCGACAGGAGCGAAAGGAGAGGGCCAGAAAGGCAGUAGAGGACAAAAAGAUCCAGCUCGCCAUCGACGAGGAGCGCAACAAGAACCGCGAGCGCAAGCUCGAAAAGGUCGACCGCCGGCAGUGGGACUCGGAAAAGGCGGGCGACGAAGCGCUGUGGCAGACAAACUACCGCGAGUACUCGAGGCACAGCGGCGGUGGCGGAGACGAACGAGGCGCCGGACGCGGAGGACGAGGCCGUGGCGGCGGGGCCGGUGCCAGCGGACGGGGGCGUGGUCGAGGUGGUGGCGGGAGCGGGAGCGGGAGCGGAGCUGCAGCCGGCCCAAAUCAAGGGCAGAGGAAGCCACAGCCGAAGACGGUCGACCUCAAGGACCAGGUACUCUUCCCGGCGCUGCCCUCGGCCGCUCCCAAGGAGGACAAGCCAAAGGACGGCGCUCCGGCGAGCAAGGCCGAUGCUGCAACGACCAAGGACGAUGCAGCGGCAGCGAGCAAGCCCUCGUCGACCCCGCCAGCUAGCACAACAGAGCCCGCCAAGGCAGAGUGA